UGAAAGCAACAACCCUCACGUUUUAAAAUGGCAGAGCCUUCAGAUAAGGAGGUAAGACGUAUGUCAAAACUUAGAAAACUAUUCAUGCAAUUAUGUAUUCACAUUAAGUAGUACAUUUUACCCCGAAAUAUGUCAUUUAUUUCAUUUGCUCAAAAUGUUUCAUGUGCAUAAAAAGGCAUGUUAAAACAACAAUAAGAAAAAUUACUUUGUCUAAGAAGUUUCAAACAAAAAAUGUUAUAUAUUUUUUGUGUACAUUAGUCAUGAUACCUCUAUGCAUUAUAUACUCUUUUAAGAUAAUUAUUUACUGAAUGAGACACUUUUAAUCUAGAGCAUAUUUUAACAAAUGAUCAUGGGAGAAAAUGUAUGUACCGAAAUGUGUAUUAUAAAUGUUUCACAAGGUGAAAGACCUUUACAGGGAUGCUUUUGAAACUUUAAGAGCCAGAUGCUAUCGAGCCUCUAAAAUGGAAUAUGAGCAGGCCUCCAGGUAUGACGGGAUAAUGGAAGUCGUUGAACUAUUUACAUAUGGAUCUAUUCCAUGUAAGAGAUUUUUUUCUUCUUUUUGUUGUUGUAAUGAUAUUUAAAAAAAACCAAAGAAAACUUACGUUACUGGGUAAUUUCUCGGUCUGCAAUGUCUCAGACAACCAUUUUUAAGACCACAUUUUCGCCGACUACCAUUUCUCAAACCACCACUUCUCAGACUACCAUUUAUCAGACCACUAUUUCUCUGACUACCAUUUCUCAGAGUACCAUUUAUCUGAAUACUUUAUCUUCGAACACCAUUUUCCGGACUAUCAUUUCUCAUACCACAAUUUCUCUGACUACCAUUUGUCCGAAUGCCAUUUCUCAAACCACGAUUUCUGAGACCACGAUUUCUCAGAUCAUCAUUUUUCUGACUACCAUUUCUCAGCCUACCAUUUCUCUGACUACCAUUUCUUCGACUGCCAUUUCCCCGACUGACAUUUUACGACUACCAGUUCUCCGACUACCAUUUCUCAGACCACACUUUCUCAGACCACAAUUUCUCCAACCACCAUUUCUCCGACUACCAUUUCUAAAACCACCAUUUCUCAGACCACAUUUUCUCAGACUACCAUUUCUCAGACCACCAUUUGCUCACACUACCAUUUAUCAGACCACCAUAUCUCAGACCACUAUUUCCCCGACUACCAUUUCUAGGACUACCAUUUCUAAGACACCAUUUCUCCGACUUCCAUUUAGCAUUUCGCCGACGUUCAUCUUCACAUUCAUCUUCUAAAAAAAAAAUGUAUUGAAAUUCAAAAUUUAUAAAAACUGCGUGUAAUUAAUAAAAAUGAUUUUAUGACAUCCAAGGGUAUGGGACUAUUUUUUUUUUUCAAACUUCAUUUUACCGCCACCGCUUCGAAAAUGGAUUUUCUACCCUUAAAGAUUUCAAAAUCAUUCAUAAUACAAAAGAGAUAAUAUGCAUUUUAAGUGAUCAUAACUAUACUGAGAAUUUAAAAACGUAAAUAUCUUUAGUUUAUAUAGAUCUAUAUAAACGUCUCAAAAAUACAGGAUAAGCAAUUAAAUCCACAAUGUGUGCGAAAUUAGCAGCGUGCUCCCCCUGAAGUCACAAAUCUUAAGGAGAACUAAUAAGUUCCUGAUAUGGCUUAGAGAACUCACGGAAUGGCUGUUAGUGAAAAAAUGUAUUACAAAUGUCUUGUUUCAAAUUGUUUUCUUAUAUGUACUGAAAAUGUACAAUGCAAUCAUAAAACAUUUCAAUUUGUUUGUAUCAAUAAAAUAAUGUUAUCUUAUCUUUUCUUUAAAACUGUACCCUUCUGUGUAAUCUUAAUUGUGAUUCAACGUCGGUUACCUGCUUACAUCGACGGUUUUGGAAAAUAUAGUGAAUAUUUACCGCUUUCUUAUAGCCGAUCCUGAAUAUACCUGAUAAAAAACUGAGGAAGUGGUACUUAGCACCAGGCUCUUGACUGUAUUUAAAAGAAUUGGGGAACAAGAGUAACGUCUGUUUAAAACACAAUGUAUUGUGCAUAAGAAGUUAAGAGGUCUGAUACUUUGUGCUCGGGUAUUUCAAUCCACAUAGUUUUCGAUAAUUUAAUUGUUCUUCUCAGAAUAUUGCCUAAAAAAACAGAUACCAUUUUACACAUUAGUAUUUUUUUUUCAAAUGCCAUUCAAAAACUACACCAGUCCCUGUGGGUUUUAAAAGCGAAAGAAACAAGGUUAUCUCACACAAUUUAGAAGAAAAACAUAAAAGUCAAACCUAAACAUUUACCAGCGUUGAAAUUAUUUGUUUAAAUAACUGUGAGUGAACGCUUGUGAACUAUUUUUUUUCUUCAGAUGGUUAUUUCAAAGCAUCUAGGCUUAAGUCACUUUACAAAGGUGGGCCCUAUGCCAUUCCCGGAUUCCUAUUAUUUGGUGCUGAGUUUUAUAAUCUUUACAGCACACCAGUAAAAGACUAUGCACCGAUUAUAUAGUAAGUCUAAAUUUUUCAUUUCCCAAAUUUAGAUUACUCUCUCUAUAUUGCGUUUUUAAAAAUUAUAGAACAGUCAUCCAAAGUUGUGUUAGAUACAGACAUUUUUGUUAUUGUUGCAGUUAUCGUGUCUUUUGUAAACUAUAUCUGAUCUUUAUAAAUUCCUCACUGAUAAAUUUGUAUUUGGUAUAUAUUGCAUUAACACCACGUGUUCGCUAAAGCAUCUAUUUGAUAAGGUAUGGCAGAGGCAAUAAAAGGCAUUUUUAUAUAAUUCCAGUUCAUUUCACAUGACAUCGAACAUUUCCAGCACGCAUGUAAAGCCUAAUCUCCAUCUCUUAAUAUUGACCUAUCCAAUCACUCUACUGGCUGGCCGAAAGGUGUAAACUGAGUCAACCCCAAACUUCCAGGAAAAGCCUAGACCAGCGAAAACACCACCAAUACGCCUGAUUGAUUGCACUCGGUUAACCGCGAGUGGCAUCUCAUCUAAGAGAUGGGUAACUCUGAGUUCAAACCAGUAGGCUGUAUGCCAUUGACACAAUAAAAAUUCCGGCAAAUCUUGCGACGCUACCACUGCCCAGCUUGUAGCACCCACAGAUAUGUUCCCUUGGGUUUAUUCACCCGCGUGGAGUCAGUCCGCUGUCUAUGGAACCACCUUAUGUGGAGUCAUCCCGCUGUCUAUGGAACCACCUUAUGUGGAGUCAGUCCGCUGUCUAUGGAACCACCUUAUGUGGAGUCAGUCCGCUGUCUAUGGAACCACCUUAUGUGGAGUCAAUCCGCUGUCUAUGGAACCACCUUAUGCUCCUGAAGAGAAAUACCCAGUCUUCACGACUUCGUCCUGCCAAGUUACACUAUCGUCCCUUUAUAACGGACAUGUUCGAGGGGAAAAAAUCACUCUGCAUGUCCUUUUUACGUCCUACUCAUUCUCCUACUACUCUUUCAAUGCUCCUAUGCUAGGAUGAUUUUUCUCUCUCUACUUUUAUCUCUCUAUCUGUUAUACACAGAUGUCUGUCCGAAGCCCUGAAAAAAAAAUGGGUGGGCAUGACGCUAGCCCCACAGGUUCCAUUAAUGACUUCUGUUACAGAACAAUGAGUGCCAAUGAAAAUGUCAACACAGUUAGCUUCAGGAGUGAACUAGCAUAGACUGCUAAUGGAAGAUUGACAAUAAAGCUGCAAGGAUAUGCCUGGAUAUGCCAGACACUAAAGAUGAUUUCUUGUUUCCUUAAUCAUACACCAUAUUGUGAUGCUACAGUUUUUGGAGGCUGCAUAAGACUGAUAAGCUGAGGGUAAAUGUGCAUGUAGCAGGUACCCAAGGAACUCUUACGCAAAAUUAGUUGCUUGAUGAGGUACAUGAUGUAGAAAAGACACCUUCUGCAGCUGUUAACAAACCACUGUGGAAGACAUUCCACAUCACCAUAUGCCCUUUGACUUGGUGAUUUUAUCAACCGAACUUGAACGCAAGAUGGAGAAUAAAUUAAGAGGUUUUUAAAAUAAAGUUUGAUGAAGCUCACAAAGUGUUAAACAAUUAUCCUCUUCUGUACGCGAAAGCAACUAUUUUGCUCACCAAACGUUAACUCGACAGCAAAGUCAUGUGUCACAUUAUGAUAUUACAACGAAUUGUAACAUCUGUUUUAAAAAUAUUCAAACAUGGGCAGUCGGCUUUAGGAAAAGGUUAUCUUGCAAUGCUCAUGCCAUUGUCGUUCUGAAAUCCCUUGAGGAGACUAAUAAGUGUAUUUCAGCUCUGUUCAUAUUUUGCAACCGAAACCACUUUGUAAAUGUUUACGAGAGUAACUUUAGAAGAUUCUAAAAUACUUUGACACCCCCUCCCCCAAAAACAAAAAAGAAAAAAAAACUUUAAAAAAAAACACACAAAUAACACCAAUAACAGCUGAUCAAUAUUAUGAAAUUGCUUUUUAACAAAUUUAAAUGAAUAUUUCUUGGUAUUAUACAUCUUGUUCACACUUUUGAAAUUGAAACUGGAGUGAAAAGUUUGUUUUAUUAUUUUACCGAGUCUCUUCCUACUUUCUUUUGAAAAUUUCGUGCUGGGUCACAGCACAUGGUUAAAGUGGAUAAGAAAUCAAGAAAAUGGAUUAUCACAAGGAUAUGAGACGUACGAAUUUUGACGUACUAAAGGAGGACAAGCAGCCGGAGUUUCCCCACUAAUGUAUAGAUCAAAAUGCACUCCAAACUACUAUCUGUGAUGGAACACUAAUGUAUAGAUCAAAGUGCACUCCAAACUACUAUCUGUGACGGCGCACUAAAUUAUGAAUCAAAGUGCACUCAAUCUACUCGCUGUGACAAAAUGAUAUUAAAAGAAUCAAAAAAAUCAUAAACCGAUGGUCAUCGGCGAUAUCUAACUACCGGUUUAGGCAUUCACAACCUACAGCCACAAACACACGUACAUAAUUUAGAGCCCCGAGCACAGGAGGAUAGCACCGAGUCCACUACCCAUCUCAUCAAGUUUCAUGUUCAUUAAGUGCAUGUUUCAUAAUAGUGUGACGAUCUCAGCAAACCAUCCAGGUUGUAGAUAAGUUCAACGUAUCACUGAUUCAAAGAGAUUUUAUUUUCCAAGAAAAAAAAAAUUCUUCAGCCUGCUUUUGACCAGCCUACAAAAUUAGGAUUAGCCAUUGUUAAUAAAACCGUUCCCAACUGCUACAAUGGACAAAAUGGACUAUUGAUAAAUUGAAAUUUAAACAUAAAGUUACAUCCUUUUUUCCCCUGUAUUUUCUUAAUGUUGAAUUCUAUUUGAAUUAAUCAAUUAAUGUUAAGUUUUCCCUGCAAUUAACUACCCGGGUUCGUUCAAAUGUUAUUUAAUAAUUUUAAAAAAUUGCAACACUAUUUUUUUCUGUAAUUUUUUAUUCUAACAUUAAAUACAAUUCUUAAUAUUUUAAAUAUUAUUUUUGAUAUACAUUACUGCAAAAGAUCAUAAUAAAUAAAUCAAAGUCUAUUAUCGAGUUAUGAGAAUUAUAAUAACUUAUUUUUUUUGUUCAGUCGACGUUCCAUGAUGCAUAACAUUGCAGCAGCCAAAUGGGAAGGUCUGCAGUACCGGACUGAGUCUCAUCUCAUUAUGAUGAACAAGAAGUCUACGUCCCUUGAACAGUGAGUAGAAUUAAUAGAGCUUUUUGAUGCAUGACUAAGUCAAGAUAUAUUAAUGUUUUAAACAGUCAAUGUUUUUUUUUCCCGACUAAUAAAAUCAUAUGGAUAUCAUUAGUACACUGGCUACACGGGCCACUACUUUUAAACACAACCCACAAGAUUAAACGUCAGGAAGUGUAGUCAAUUUUAUUUAUAAACGUAUUUAAAUAUAAAAAAUAUAUUCAUAUUAAAUACUGAACAACUGGUGCUUAAAAAUAUCAAGUUUUAGAUGAACGAUUUAGUAAUAAGGAAAAAAAAGAAAGAAAAGAGGAAAAAUGCUUCUUAACAAUUGGUUGAAAUUAAUAUUUUAAUCUUUCUUUCUUAAAAAAAAAAAUCUAACUAGAACUAAAGAGAUGUAUGAAGAGCUCGUCAAACAAAGGGAGGCCAUCAGCGCUGAAGUGAUUGUACGAUCUAAAGUCUAUGAGCAUUUCAACAAUGGGAAAUUAUUUGAAAACAAAAUUAAAGUAAAAAAUGAAGUGGACGCUACUAUUUUACAAAAUCUGCC